GCCAGGGAGCGCAGCCGAGCCCAGAGCUGGGGAGCCAGGGAGAGCAGUCGAGCCCAGAGCCGGGGAGCCAGGGAGAGCAGCCGAGCCCAGAUCAGGGUCAGGGAGAGCAGCCGAGCCCAGAGCCGGGGAGCCAGGGAGAGCAGCCGAGCCCAGAUCAGGGUCAGGGAGCGCAGCCGAGCCCAGAUCAGGGAGCUGACGGUGAGCUUCUACACCAGGUGAGCGAGCCGAGCCCAGAGCCGGGGAGCCAGGGAGAGCAAUCGAUCCCAGAUCAGGGAGCCAGGGAGAGCAGCCGAGCCCAGACCAGGGAGCCAGGGAGAGCAGCCGAGCCCAGAUCAGGGUCAGGGAGCGCAGCCGAGCCCAGAUCAGGGAGCAGACAGGAGCAAUCAAUCCCAGAGUUGGCCAGGGGGAGCAGCCGAGCCCAGAGCCGCCCUCCCGGCCCGUUCUCUCCCCUCCCCCAGGCAAUACGGGGCCUGCGUCCCGCACAUGGUCGUGGCCUGGACCGACGAGGACGGCGUCUACGUCGCCGACUUCGAGGGCCGGAACUACUUCCGGGUCCUGGAGCCGGGCGACGGCCGCCUCGUCUUCGUCGUCCUCAACGUGGGCGCCGACGGCUCCACCACGCACUUCGCCUUCGCCGCCGCCCGGGAGCAGCAGCUGAGUGACGAGUACCUGGCGCAAUUCUCACUGAUGGCGGAGGAGAACGGGAUCCCCCAGGAGAACAUGGAGCGCGUGGCCGGUACGGGUCCCCAGGGCUCCAUCCGGGCAAAGGUUUCUGACGGGAGUGACGGCCAUCUUGGAGUCUGUCAGUAUUUCUUCUGA